CACCGUCUCCCGAAGCAGAUAGAGGUGGGAAUAAAGCACUGGGGCAAAGUUUAGGGAGAUCUAAAAAGCAUAGGAGCGAGCUUUGAGCCUGGUCGGUCCAGAGGUGACACAGAAGGCAGCACGGGAAGACGCAGUCUGGAAAAGUUACGGAUGCAAACGACACUUAUGAGAUUUUCCUCUUUUUAUUGAAACACUGCGAACAGAAGAGACAUCUGCAGCCAUGAAGAAAACUUCGUAUCCAGUGCGAUCAGCCAGCGCUCGAACAAGAAGAACAGAAAGAGAAAUCACUAGCCCCACUCUGAAACGGUCAUUUGAGGUGGAGGACACAGAUACAACCACGCACCCUUCACCUCUGUCUCGCCGAACCACCAACCCCCUCCGUUCUUCAACAUCCUCCACAUCCAACCAAAGGAGCUAUGACUUGAGUUCACGCAACUCUGACUAUUCCUCCUCCUCCAGAUCCACUGCAUCCGAGUCCUCAAACCUACGAUCCCCAAAGACCGGGAUGAGGCGCAUUGAGCUAUCAGGGCGAAACCCUGAUGCAGCUGCUUCCCGCCGGGCAGAGAUUUCCAUCGAGGUCUCCUCCAAACAGAUCGACAGCUCGCCCAGUGCCGGCAUUGCUCGCUUCGGCCUCAAGCGGCCAGAGGUGAGCCUGAGCAGUCGGAGCAAUGCCCUAGACAGCACCUCAAACUCCAUCUCCAGCAUUACAAACCGACGAGCGGAGCUCAGCAUGACUCGGCCUCAGGAGCCCCCUGCACCUCCCAGGAGGGCGGAUAGCCAGCUGUCGUCCACACCGGUCUCUAGGAUCCCUGAGCUAACCCAGAGAAGAGCAGAGCCCCCUUCUCCCAACCUGAGCUUAGUGGACGGCAUCUCCAGAAGACCAGAGAUUCCCGUCUUCAGACAACCGGAGAACUCUGUGACAAGCAGCCCUGUAGAGAACAACAACCACCCACCACCUGCACCCGUCACCCCACUGCCAACCCUGUCAGAGCCACGGGUGGAGAAGGUGCAGUCACCUGUCGCGGAGCAACCCACAACACGACCAACAGACAGACCAGAGGUGUUCCCCAGCAACAGCAGCAGUGCCAUGUCUGAGGCGGUGGUGCCUGAGGCUAUGGUACCCCCAGCAGUGGGUAAUCUAUAUGGGGAGAAGGCUGGUGGAGCCAUGGUGGACUUCAGCUAUGUGGGGAUUGAUGCCAUUCUGGAGCAGAUGAGGAGAAAAGCCAUGAAGCAGGGCUUCGAGCUCAACAUCAUGGUUGUAGGGCAGAGUGGCCUUGGGAAGUCGACUCUGAUGAACACCUUGUUCAAAUCUAAAGUCAGCAGGAAGUCUGUACUGGGCACCGGCCAGGAGAAGAUCCCAAAAACUAUUGAAAUUAAGUCCAUCAGUCAUGACAUCGAGGAGAAAGGAGUGAGAAUGAAGCUCACCGUCAUUGACACACCAGGAUUUGGAGACCAGAUUAACAAUGAGAAUUGCUGGCAGCCCAUCAUGAAGUUUAUUAACGACCAGUAUGAAGCAUACCUGCAGGAGGAAAUCAACAUCAAUAGGAAGAAAAGGAUUCCAGACUCCAGAAUCCACUGCUGCAUAUACUUCAUCCCUCCGACUGGUCACUGUCUGCGACCUCUCGACGUGGAGUUCAUGAGGCGUCUCAGCAAGGUGGUCAACAUCGUCCCGGUCAUUGCCAAGGCAGAUACUCUCACGCUGGAAGAGAGAGACUUCUUCAAAAAGAAGAUCAGGGAAGAGCUGCGAGCCAAUGGGAUUGAUGUGUACCCUCAGAAGGAAUUUGACGAGGACACAGAGGACAGAAUGAUUAAUGAAAAGAUCAGGGAGAUGAUCCCAUUUGCGGUCGUGGGCAGCGAUCAGGAGUACCAAGUGAACGGCAGAAGGUUGCUGGGGAGGAAGACCAAGUGGGGCACUAUUGAAGUUGAGAACAUCGCCCACUGUGAGUUUGCCUACUUACGAGACCUUCUCAUCAGGACCCACAUGCAGAAUAUUAAGGACAUCACCAGCAGCAUCCACUAUGAAAUGUACCGCGUGAGGCGCCUCAAUGAGAACAACACUGCAGUGGCUCAUGCCAACGGCGUCCCUGAACAUCACCUGACUGCCCACGAGAUGUAGACGCCACCUGCCCUCCACUGCAGACUAACACACGAGAUGCAAGACUCUGAUCUUCCCUCCACUCCAAGCCUCCCUCCACCCAGCCUUGAUCUCACAGGUGGGGUAAAAACUCUAAAUCCUGUCAGAGGGACUUUAUCAUCUUCCGCUUAAAGGACUCUUUAUCAGUUUAUUGCCUUAUUUUUAUUUUUUCAAACUUAUCUUUACCGAUGACAAAACAGAGAAGAAAGGGUUCUGCCUUCAAGUUGUGCUGCAGCUUUGGUUUUAUAUCCCUCAUGUCUUAGAAAUUUUACAGUCUAUAUUUUGGGUGCCAAAAUGUUUUGUUUUUUUUGUCUACCAAACUGAUCAGAUUUGUCUGAUUUGCUUUAAUCAGUUAAACAAGUUUGGCGUUUUUGUUUCCAUGGUAGGAAUUUGUGCCACAAUAGAAGCACAGUGUUUUGUCUCGAUGAACACACUACAAUAAUAUGCAUAAAAACUGAUGAAGAUCAUGUUUUAAUAUCAAUACAUGAUCAGAGCAUGUUGGAAGAAGAUGAGCUAGUUCUUUCCCAAAAUGUUUGACAUGCCAAAACAGUAAACUCAGCUAAAAGUCACCAAACAACACGAUGUGCCUGAAGGUUUUUCUUUUUGCGCAUCACAACCUGUGUUUUACUUCGAUUCUUUGUUCAUAUCCUGUUAAAUAUAAAUGUCAACAUUUUUUUAAACAUCGUUAUUUAGUAGAAAUAUCAUAAAGUAUGAUUUAAGAUGGAAAAAGUAUUUAUGCACGUUAUAAAAUGUGAACAUUUUUCAAGACUCGUCUUCCAGUUAUUCAAAAAUAUCAACACAAACGGGCUCAGACGUUCGAGCUUUUCCUGCUUUUUUGGGGGGAUCCUCCUCAGUGCCUUAUUUAUUGGAGGAUGAUUUGUGAGCUCGUCAGCUGAAACUGGAAAGAGAAGCAGGUUUUUGGUUCCACCUGAAAUUACAUUUAGACAUCUUUUAGUCCUCGCGUGUCAUUUAUCUUCCAUCGACCAGACCACUUUUUGCUCUGUUGACCACAAUGUACCAACAAUAUUUCUCUUCCAUGCAUAUCUAAUGUCCUUCUGUCGCUGUUUUGCUCUGUCUUUGUAUAUUCCUCUGUGUUCCGAUACAUUUUUGUACUUGUAUUAUUGAUAACAAAGUUUCUUUUAUCUUAUUUUAAAGAAAUAAAGAUUGAAGUUUUAAAUAUUUA